AAAAACCAAGUCAAAGUCAAAAGAAAGGGAGUCGCAGUCGCAUUAGGGCAUCCGUUUCUUCGUUAGACCCACCGCCGUCGCAGCCCUCUGUUCUUCAACUCCUCAGUCCUCACGCGUUAAUGUAAGCUUCUGCGAUCCCCACCUUCUUCCUCUUUCUAUAAACCCAUCUUCUUCACUUCACCCAUUACUGCGCCGUCCAAUUUCACUGCCUAAAUCUUCUCCGUUCUCCUUACCCUUCUCUUCCUUUCUCAAUCUCUGGUUCGAUCGGAAAUGGGUUUGAAGGGAUUCGCCGAAGGAGGAAUCGCCUCCAUUGUUGCUGGAUGCUCCACUCACCCUCUUGAUCUCAUUAAAGUUCGGAUGCAAUUGGCCGGCGAGAAACCCACGCUUCCAAGUCUCCGCCCCGCCUUAGCUUUCAAUGGGUCUUCUUCCGUUGUCGCGCCGGAAUCUUUCCAUAUUCCCCCGCCUCAACCACCGCGUGCGGGGCCCAUAUCGGUUGGAGUACGGAUUGUCCAGUCCGAAGGUGUUGCUGCUCUGUUUUCUGGCGUCUCCGCCACCGUUCUCCGUCAGACUCUUUACUCCACCACUCGGAUGGGUCUCUACGACGUUCUUAAAAGUAAAUGGUCCGACCCGAAUUCUGGCAACAUGCCUCUGACCCGGAAAAUCACGGCGGGGCUUAUUGCCGGUGGAAUUGGCGCGGCGGUGGGGAACCCGGCGGAUGUCGCAAUGGUGAGAAUGCAGGCCGAUGGCAGGCUUCCGUUGAGUCAGCGGCGGAAUUACGCCGGCGUGGUGGACGCCAUCACAAGAAUGUCAAAGAAGGAAGGGAUUAGUAGCCUGUGGCGCGGGUCGUCGCUUACGGUGAACCGCGCUAUGAUCGUGACGGCGGCGCAGUUGGCGUCGUACGAUGAAAUCAAAGAGACGAUAUUGGAAAAGGGUGUGAUGAAGGACGGAUUGGGGACCCACGUGACGGCGAGUUUCGCGGCGGGAUUUGUGGCGGCGGUGGCGUCAAAUCCGGUGGAUGUGAUAAAGACGAGAGUUAUGAAUAUGAAAGUGGAGAGCGGGGCGGCUCCGCCGUACAAGGGGGCGUUGGACUGCGCGAUGAAGACGGUGAAGGCGGAAGGGGCAAUGGCGCUUUACAAAGGAUUUAUUCCGACGAUUUCACGGCAGGGACCUUUCACUGUAGUCUUGUUUGUCACACUCGAACAAGUUAGGAAGAUUUUCAACCAGUUUUGAUUUGACGGGUGACGAUGACCCAUAAUUCUUUUCCA